AUGGCAGCCCCAGGAACAGUGCCCACACACACUUCAGCAACAUCGGAUGCCCUCCCAGAGGGAGGGAGCAGGGAACCAAAGCAGCUUCCAGAUCUGAUCCGCCUGAAGCGUGACGGAAGCCAUCUGACUGAGGCAGAAAUCAGGAGUUUCGUGCAUGCUGUAGUGGAUGGAAGCGCACAGGAUGUACAGAUUGGAGCCAUGUUAAUGGCCAUCCAGCUGCAAGGCAUGGACUUAGAGGAGACUUCAGCACUGACCAGGGCCCUGGCUGAGUCUGGUCAACAACUAGAGUGGCCCAAGGCCUGGCACCAACAGCUUGUGGACAAACAUUCCACAGGGGGUGUAGGUGACAAGGUCAGCCUGGUCCUGGCACCUGCCCUGGCUGCAUGUGGCUGCAAGGUGCCAAUGAUCAGCGGACGUGGUUUGGGACACACAGGGGGCACCUUGGAUAAGUUGGAGUCAAUUCCUGGGUUCAAUGUCAUCCAGAGCCCAGAACAGAUGCUGCUUCUGCUGGAGCAAGUGGGCUGUUGCAUUGUGAGCCAGAGUGAGAAGCUGGUUCCUGCAGAUGGAAUCCUAUAUGCUGCACGAGAUGUAACAGCCACUGUGGACAGUGUGCCACUUAUCACAGCUUCCAUCCUCAGUAAGAAGGCUGUAGAGGGACUGUCUGCUCUGGUGGUAGACGUUAAGUUCGGGGGUGCUGCAGUCUUUCCAGACCAGGAGCAAGCCCGAGAGCUGGCAAGAACUUUGGUUGGCGUGGGGGAGGGCUUGGGAUUACGGGUGGCCGCAGCCUUGACGGCCAUGGACAAUCCCCUGGGCCGCAGCGUGGGACACACCCUAGAGGUGGAAGAAGCGUUACUUUGCCUUGACGGUGCGGGGCCACCAGACCUGAGAGACCUGGUCACUAGGCUCGGAGGCGUCCUGCUCUGGCUUAGCGGGCAGGCAGAGACUCAAGACCAGGGUGCGACCCGAGUGGCUGCGGCGUUGGACGACCGCUCUGCGCUAGGCCGCUUCGAGCGGAUGCUCAUGGCACAGGGCGUGAACCCCGGCCUGGCCCGGGCACUGUGCUCCGGAAGUCCCACGCAGCGCCGCCAGCUGCUGCCCCGCGCCCGGAAGCAAGAGGAACUGCGCGCACCCUCAGACGGCACUGUUGAGCGCAUCUUGGCACUGCCAUUGGCGCUUGUGCUGCACGAGCUUGGGGCCGGACGCAGCCGAGCAGGGCAGCAGCUCAAGCUGGGAGUGGGCGCCGAGCUGCUGGUAGAUGUGGGUCAGCGGCUGUGCCGCGGGACGCCGUGGCUCCGCGUGCACCUGGACGGCCCAGCGCUCAGCUGCCCUCAGCGCCGCGCCCUGCAGGGAGCGCUCGUGCUGUCGGACCUCGAGCCUUUCACUGCCCCCUCGCCCUUCACAGAGCUAGUACUGCCGCUGAUGUCUGUACAGCCCUAA